AUGUCGAUCGUUUUAAGACACAGUUACCUUGUCAGAGACGUUUUCGUUGUUCCGUUUCACACAAAACAAGGAAUUGGUUUCCAUUACUUCUGUCGUAACUCUGUUUUACAUCUUCAUCAAAAAGUUCCUCUCUCUGCCUUUAAACGCUUCUUUAAACCACGAGAAGCUCCUUUGAAACCAACAAAACAACAAACGCAUUCUAAACCUGAUCCGGUUAAUGAGAAGCCGGUUCAAGAACCGAACAGAAUCAAGGUCACACAACCGCGGAAUCAAGAGCGAGAACUUUUUAACGGUUCGGUCACAAUGGGUGCUGCUCCAUCGCCGAGACUCUUGCCGAUUCCGAAGUUUUACGUUAGAGAGAUGAUUAAAAAGUCUUUAAACCUAACGACUUGA